ACAUGACUCGGAAUACCGUGACACUACUGCUAGCAGUAGAAGUAGACUCUCUGCCCUCUUCAGGCCAGUUAAUCCCUGCCUUAACUCAUUAAGACGGCUUCCCGAUCUCCAGCCCACUUGGUUCCAGAGCCCUGAAUCAAAACUCGCCCUGAGAUCUUCCCGUCACUCAAAGAAAACAAUGAAGCUUCGAUAUCUGCUCACUCCUCUCCUGACUGUCACCGCAACUGCUGCCGUCAUCCCACGCCUUGAUGCUGAUGAAGCGGUUGCCUAUCCGGCCCAGGUCGACCAAUCCUGGGUGGACGCCAAAACCAAGAGAGUAACAGCUGUCGAUGCAGAUGAGGCCGUUGCCUAUCCAGCCCAAGUUGACCAAUCCUGGGUCGAUGCGGCCAACACCAAGAGAGAGGCCGUUGAUGCGGACGAGGUCGUUGCCUAUCCAGCCCAGGUUGACCAGUCGUGGGUUGAUGCUCGUGUCUGAGAGUUUGGCUUCGUGAUGAGCCAACUUCUACCGUGAAUGAGCCGUAUCAGUUGAAGUGGUUGUGAAGGGCUGCUGCUCCAAGGGCUACUGGGUUCGAGAUAGCUUGUUGCUCCUCUUUGAUUGCCAGCUUUUGCACACUCACACUCAUUUAUGUACGGUCGUUACUGGGCAUCUCGCCCCACGCAUUGUUUACCUAGCUUCAGGGGGCAAGAUUUGUCGCUUCGGUUACAGCUUGGAUACUAGUAGCCUGGCUGUCUUCAAGAUUCCCGCCUACCUUUGAAUAAGCAGACAUUUACUUCAUGUUUUUGCCCAAAUCCUGGUAAUUGGGGC